UUAUAUUUCAAUAUAAACUUCUCAAAAGCGUCCGAUCGUUACGUUAUUGUCACGAAUUCGAUUCUCCACAUGAAUGCAAUGUGUCAUACAGAUUCCUCAUAUCCCCAACGUUAUGUUGCUUCACUGGUGCCGAACAAAAGCGUAUAACGUAACUCAGGCACAAUUUGUGAUAUCCAAAACAAUGAAACUUCAUUUCAGGUCAUGCCAUUUUGCUAAAUUUGACAACAAAGCGCGAUCUACCAUGCUGAACCACUCAUCUUUUCAGAAAAAAAGGAAGCAAACUCCGGGAAGAUAUUUUUCAGAAAGAUUGCGUGUUACUUAUAAAACGACCAUGACUAUUCCAAGUGCAAAUGUUGAUCGUGGAUAUGCAUGGGUGGUGCUUGCUGCCUGCUUCUCUAUCGAGGUUCUAUAUGGCGCACUGAUUAGCUCUGUGGGGGUGCUUACACCGGCGAUUCUGGAGGAAAUUGACGGUGAUUUGGUCAAAGUGUCAUGGAUAGGAUCAACUCUGUUAGGGACAUUUACAAUGUGCGGACCACUGGCAGGUAUUAUAGACGGUAGACUGGGACACAGAUUGACGGGUAUUGUGGGUGGCAUCCUGAUACUUGUGGGACUGACAGCUGCAUCCUUCUGUGGAACUGUCACCGGAUUAGUCAUCACGUUAGGACUUGUUACGGGUCUUGGAUGUGGUCUGGCAGCUAUUGUGAGUGGCGUGGCUCCCGGUGAUUACUUCAAUAAGAGGCUCCCCGCAGCUUAUGGUAUUUGUAUGUCUGGAGGUGCAUUGGGACUACUUACAGUUGCGCCAUUAACAGUGUUUCUCUUAGACUUGUACCACCUUUCUGGAACGUUGCUUAUUUUGGGUGCCAUUGGAUUCCAUGUGUGCUUAGCUGGAACUCUCAUAAGAACAUCGUCCACGUUGAUGCAUCAGAAGUCAGUUUCAAUUGAACUUGAUAGCAAAGACCAUAUCAAAGAAUGUUUGAGUACACAAGAAGACUACGAAUACCCUCAUGGUGUAGUGAACACUGAUUCAUUGGCUCAAAGGAGGAGCAUUGUCAUAAUUAGCAGCCCGGACGAUGAUGACAGACGCGAAUGUUCACUGACCGCUGAUAAUCCAGACAUAUUUAGUCCCGAUGUUCCUGGUAGCAUCAUGGAAGAAAAUUUAGGGACAAAUAUUACAACCAUUGCACCUCUACUAGAACAUCAAUCACGUGUAUCGAAUAAACUAUGGUGUAGUAUUCUAAGGAAAUAUGUAGCUUUAUUUGGUACAAACGGAUUCUUCUUGUACAUCACCAGUGUUUUUUUCUGGUCUCUAGGGCAAGCAAUCUGCAUGGUUCAUUUACCAUAUUAUGCCGAAUUAAAGGGAAGCACAUCAACACAGUCUGCAAAUCUAUUCACUGGAAUGGGUGUUACUGCUCUUUUUGCCGGAAUGCUGACUGGCUUCGCCUCCUCUGACCCGGCUAUUGGAACCAAUGUGCUUCACGUUGGACUUCAAGGAAUGUUAGGGGUAUCACUAAUGGUGCUUCCUUUGCUCUCCCAUACAUACUUUCUUCAAAUGGUUUUCAGUGUACUAUUUGGUGCAUACAGCCAGGGGCCAUUUACGUUAGUGAGUCAUAUAUGCAUUGAACUCAUAGGCCGAUCCAAAUUGGCAUUUGGCUACGGACUGUGGUCUUUUGUAUUAGGAAUUGGCUACAUGGCUGGACCACCCAUUGCAAGUCUCAUUUAUGAAAGCAGUGGAGUUUAUGACUACACGUUUAUUUUCGCCGGAUGCUGCAACCUCACCAGUGCCUUUUUUGCCAUGUGUAUACCUUUAUGCAAGAAAAAAACCAUGAUUUAAUGUACAUUAAAAUCAGUAUUAUAUUCUAUAAU